CCGCCCGUUUGUAGCAUGCCGCCUGCAAAAUAUUUUGGUCAAUGUCCGGUCUCAUCAAGCUAUCACUAGCUGGCAGGAUCAUGCCUCCUACGCCAUGCUCACUGUGUGAGACAGCAAGAGCGCUCGUAAAGCGUCCAAAGACAGGGCAGCAAGUUUGCAAAGAAUGCUUUUUCACCGUAUUUGAGACUGAAGUCCACAAUACCAUCAUACAGGGGGAUGAUGGACAAGGGAUUUUCAAGCGUGGUGAGAGGGUAGCCAUCGGGGCCAGUGGAGGGAAGGACUCGACAGUUCUGGCUCACGUCCUGAGUCUCUUGAAUCAGCGAUACGACUAUGGUCUGGAUCUUUUUCUGCUCUCCAUCGAUGAAGGCAUCACUGGGUAUCGCGAUGACUCCCUCGAGACCGUCAAGCAGAAUCAAGUCGAGUACGGACUCCCUUUGAAGAUCUUAUCAUAUGAUGAGUUGUAUGGAUGGACUAUGGAUCGUAUUGUUCAGCAGGUGGGGAAGAAGAACAACUGUACAUUUUGUGGUGUUUUCAGACGGCAAGCAUUGGAUCGAGGGGCAGCACAGUUGGACAUUGAUCAUAUCGUCACCGGUCAUAAUGCCGACGACAUCGCGGAAACGGUCCUGAUGAAUAUCAUGCGCGGUGAUAUCGCUCGUCUUGGCAGAUGUACCGCCGUCACUACUCGAUCGGAAGAUACAAUGAGACGAUCAAAGCCUUUCAAGUAUGCCUACGAAAAGGAGAUUGUCAUGUAUGCCUACUUCAAGAAAUUGACAUACUUCUCCACCGAGUGUAUCUACUCACCGGAUGCGUAUCGUGGGCAUGCUAGGGUGUUUCUGAAAGACCUGGAAGCUAUCCGACCCAGCGCUAUCAUUGAUAUCAUCCAUUCUGGCGAGACGUUCAAGCUUGAACAAGCUGUCGUAAAGGGGAUGAAGCCUCUUCAAUCAUGCGCUCGAUGCGGGUACAUGUCAUCGAACACGAUUUGCAAAGCUUGUGCUUUGCUGCAGGGCCUCGAGGCUGGGUUGGAUAGAUCGGCUUUGAAACAAUCGCAAGACGAGACUUCUGUGCUUCCAGACGGGCAGCGCAUGAUACCAAAGUAUGAGCGGCUGCGUCGGGAUGUCUCCAAGUCAGCGAGCCAGAUAGAUGGGCUUGAGAAGCCUCUGAAAGGCAUGGCAAUAUCAUGAUUGAUA